CUCUUGUAUAGUCUCAUUGCUGGACGAGAACCUGCCGGUAUCCCCUCGAUCGAUUUAGCGUAUCCGUUAUAUGGUUGGGCCAGGAUGUCGCUCUAUUCCGAUAAUGCACCCGACCAGGAUCCAUACCAGGCGCUCACGGUAGCUUUGGGAAAGCCGGCAGAGUCAAAGGAACAGGUCGAAGCUCUUUUGGUGGUAUCGGAUCUACUGGAUAAACGCCCGGCUGGAGUAACGGAGUUCUGCUUGCCUCUCUUCGAGGCCAUCAAACACACGGGAGAUACAGCUUUGAAGCGAUGGGUGUUGAACAGCAUUGCCUUUGGGUUGGGACGAAGCAGUUUGUCGAUGGAAGUCAAGACGACUAUUGCAAGCACGGUUUUGUCAGACAUGGUCCAGUUAUUGCAAGAUCCAUCUCCUGCUAUCGUCAAGCUGGCGGUACAAUGUUUGAGUUGCAUGUAUCCUCUGUUGUUCAGGUCUCUUUGUCUGGCCCGGCCACCUCGAGAAGACCAAUGGCAGCUCUUGACGGCGGCCAAGACUCAGAUUCUCUCUUUUGCUCUCGCCAUCUCAAUUGAGCCGGCCACUCUCGGUCAACCUAAGGAUGUCAAUGUGGGAAUACGCUCGUUGGCGUGGAAGUUCAUCCAGCGAUCCCUCAUGGUAGCCACACGAGGAGGAAGUGCCGAUCCAAGACUUCAAUCGCAAAAUAAGGAUGACCCGAACCUCAAUCUCGUUCCCCCUACGCAUCCCUUCAUUAAGACGAUGGACCUGAUGAACGAGACGAACCAGCUGUUGGCCCAGAUUAGCCAGGCUAUGACAAAUAGCACGGAGACUGCGGUUCUACAGCCUAUCCUCAACUUGAUCCCUCCGCUACUCAAAGCCAGACCAGCGUUGGCCACGAACCUCGUCCCCUCUCUCACUGCCUGGACCCCAUCGGCUAUGCAGGGGGCAAAUAGAUCCGCCAGUCAGAUCCGAUCGGUCGAAAAGGCGCUCAAGGUGACCAUGGUCCAUCUGUUGAGGACUGGAAUGUUUCCCGCGUUUGGUGCUCAGCUGAAUGAUGCGCUGAGCAAGCAAAAUGCUCGAACGAGCGCUGCCCUAAAGGCAGAGAAGGCUGCACGCUACGAAGCCGCCGCUCGCCGAGUCCAAGCUUCCGCGUCUUCGACCACUGUCAAGCGAGAGCACGAUCAGGUUGGAGCGGCAUUGACAGACGGACAACCUUCAGCGGGGAAGCGCCAAAGGGUCGAAGUUGAUGGCGCGGUACUGUCCGGCGGGCGCCCUGGGGACGGUCUUGGACCCGAUGUCGAUGUCACCAAGCUGGACUUUGACGUCAUGCUGGAGCUUCUCUUUGUCACCUUGAAUGCCAUGGACGAGAAUGCAGUCCGGAAUGCAAUCGAGCAAAGCCGCCAUAGACUGCGAGGAACCGAUGCCCCACACCACCUUGCGCUAGCAAGAUCUUUGGGUGCAUCCUCGUCAACCAUCCCAGUCGUCCAGUCUACCCAGGUUGCACCUUCAGCGGUACAGAACUCAACUUUGGCAUUGCCAUCGCGACUCCAAGAGGACGAACCCGACGACAUGCUGCUUGAUCCGCUCGAUGAGGACUCUGCGAUCCCUUCGGCUGCUGUGAUGAGCGCCGACCGAAAGAUUGGCAUCAAGCUAGAAGAAGGCCCCGCUCAGGACCCGCUGAACAUGGUGGUGGAAGACGAAGAACCCGAAGGAGUACCGGAGAUCGUGAUACCGGAGGAAGUACCCCCAACGGAAGGUCCGAUAGAUGAAGCUCUGCCCAUGCGUUUCAUCGACUUUAGUUUGCCAGAAGUGGAGAGUCUGGAUGAUCAGGGUCGGCAAGAAAUGGUCUUGCAGGUCAUGAGACGAAUAUGCAAGACUGGGGGUGAUGUCCAACAGCAGAUGGCUGAAGAAACGGACGUGCGAAUGCUGGACGAGGACAGUGAGGCCAUCCAAGGUCUCGCCGGUCCGAUGAUUUCUCCCAAAGAGAUGUGGGUAUUGCUGCUAGCUCGGAUGGCAAGUCGAUCAAGCGAACCGCGGGUCUCCCCCAAAAGAGAAUCAGGCGAAAACUCGUCUGCGUCCGACAACGACUGGGUAAGAAAGGCCCUGUGCGACUAUGUGAUGGAAGAUUUCGCAUCCAGAUCUAAGCUAGCGAGAGUCUGGUUGAACGAGGAGUGGUACAGCGAACAGAUCGCGCCUCCAGAACAGGCCAUCGGAUCCUCGUACGCGAAAUGGUUGAAGGUCUUGUUGUCCCGAUAUCUGGAAAAGAUCGAAGAUGGCGAUAGCUCGGACAACUCCUUGAGCUCCUUCUUGAUUGAUCUACCAGACCUGCCGCAAGAGAUAUUGGAGAUUCUGCGUGGGCUUUGCGAACAGACUCAGAGUGCCGCUGUUGGCCUUUCGACUCUGAGAGAUAUUGUCACGCUGAGACCUCCUCUGCGGCAAGCUGCGAUGGGUCUUCUGCUGGAUAUGACAACACAUGCCGACCGCAAGAUCCGAUUAAUCGCGAUCAACACCGCCAAAAGAUGGGUUCCCGAUUCCAAGGCAAUGAGCGAUAUGGUUUUGUCUUUCGCAAAGUCAACUUUUUCGAAGCUCAAGCGGCCAUCCGAUUCGGACGACUCAAAGACAGAGGCAGACGGGGCCAUGUAUACCUACCUGCCUCGGGAACUUCCUCAGCCCGCCAGCCAAGAAUUGGUGCAGCAGCAUGUAGAGCUACUCUUCGCGUUGAGCGUUCGAGAGCCUCAGCUACUUGACGAGAUUUUUGCGACAUAUUCCAAAUGUGAAGAAUCUGUACAAGAGGCAUUGAAGGCCAUCUCUACCCCGCUGAUCCGAUCACUGGGCUCGAAGCACGUCAAAAUGCUGGAAUCCCUUCGACACUUCCCGCCCGAAUCCGAGGCGUUUGCGCUACACGUUCUCACAGUAUUUACUGAUACCGCCCGACCGAGCCCUGGGCUGGUCACUGUCAUCAAGGAAUUGGCAGAGGAGCGAGAACUCUCCCCGCAAUUCCUUAUACCCAUUGCUUCUCAGAUGAAUAGGGCCGAGCUUUAUCGCUUCUUGCCGCGAAUCCUCAGCGUGCUCUCCGAAUCACCAGCGGAAAAGCGCGAAACAAUCAGAACCGUCUUCAGAAACAUCAUACCCAUCUCAGAUAUCCGUGCGUCGACAAAUCUGCCGAAGAGCAAGCCAGAAGAGCUCUCGGCUGCAGAUCUGCUAGUGCUCUUGCACGAGGAGGAAAAAUCGAUCGGCGUGUCUGCUGCUAAAGAAGCAAUCGAUAUCUGUUUCACGCUCACGGACCGCUUCCCGUCGGAGGUCAUGGCGGUCGUCAUGCAACGAAUUAUCGACUCGGUUUCCUUGCCCAUCCUAUUCAUGCGAACGGUCAUUCGGUCCGUUCAAACGUACAAGAGCCUUGUCGGCUAUGUCUCUACUACACUUUUAUCACGGCUUAUUACCAAAAAGAUCUGGACAGUCCCCCAGCUAUGGGUCGGCUUCAUGCAUUGUGUCAAAGCGAUAGCUCCUGCCAGUUUCGGAGCCUUGAUGCAACUGCCACGAGAACAGCUUAAAGAGUUGAUCGACAAACAGCCGUCAAUCAAGCCUGCGCUAUAUCAAUACGUUGUGCAAAAGGCCGGAGUCGCCAAGGCACAGAGUCUCGCAGAUCUCUUUGGCAACCUUCCUCAAGCUAAUCCACCGCAACAACCCAUCUCUACAGUCACCUGAAGUGUCGACACGAUAUCAUGGCAUAACGAACGAUUUUUGUAACGAAAACAUCCUGGUUGUACACAUUUAUUCAACGCAUCAAUCGAUCAGCAAAUGCUUGUCU